GCCGACUCUGGCUACUGCGGAUGCGUGCGAUUUACACGUGCACAGAGAAACCUUUCUGGCACGUGAUUUCCGGAUUUUUAUGACAAAUGAAGUUCGCCUGAUAAUUCCCGGAAGCAGCACGUGGCCCUGAAUUUCUAGGAGUGCCGAUAAUUAUGGUGAGCCUGCGAGACGGGCUACAGGUGCUCUCAGGAACAGCCUCUCGUGCAGUUUGAAAGUCAAAACUUGCACAAAGAGAACGGUAGCUCGCCAAAGACAUGUGACAGUGACAUUACCGAUGCGGGUAGUUUGACUCGUUUUCCCAGGAUUCUUUGCGGUGGUUACCUAUACGGAUUUCGUAGAAAACUUGUGGGAGGAGCCGCGAGAGGUGCCGGGAAAGCAAGGAGCAUGGCUGCCGUAUUGGUAUUUUCAUCCCCUUUCCCCAAACUCCGUCACUUUCUCCGAAACUGUUGGGGUCAACUUGGCAGCCACGCAGGGCCUUGGGCUCCUGCUUUAGCAGUUCAAGCUCCAGAUUCUUUACUCAAUCCUGCAGAAGAGGAAACCGAGUAUUUUGAAAAUCCCAGCUUUUUAGACAGCAUACUUUGGAUGCCAGCUCCAAAAUCAAGGCGGACAAUUGAAGUGAAUCGCACCAGACGAAGGAAUUCUGACCAUCUUAUAAAAAUAAAGAAAAACAUAGAUAUUUGUCCUGAAUGCGGCAACCUGAAAGAGAAGCAUGUUCUUUGUGGCUAUUGUUAUGAAAAAGUUAAACAGGAAACCUAUGCCAUCAAAAAUCAAAUCAAAUUACUGGAAAAUGGACCACAUAAGGCUCCCACUGUAGAAAGUGUUGUGCUCUAUGCAGGAGAAAAACCCAGAAAUGAAGAUGAAGGCAAGCGAAUUAUUGAAAGAAACAGGAAACGUCCAUCUUGGUUCACACUGGACUAAACAAACAUCACAAUGGAAUGAUAGAUUCCCUUAUACAAAUCCUAUUUUGGAUAAUAUACAUCCAGAAGACUGCACUGAACUUUAUACUGUAGUUGCUUAAGGGUACUAUUUGCAGUGCUCUCUCUCUCUCUCUGUGUGUGUGUGUUGUACUUUUUAAAGGGCCUGGGUUUAGUUUUGUCUUUUAAUGUUCACCCAGAAUUUAAUUCUACAUUUGGAAUUUAUAUGAAUGAAUUGGCUGUUAAUUGGUGAUAUAACCUUAUAGUAACCUAAACAACUUAUCAUUUGCAGAAGUGGGGUGUAACUGUAUACAAAGAUGCUUUGUAUGUUACUUCAACAUGAAUUUAAAAUGUGUUUGCAAUUAAAGCAUAUUUCAUGA